AUGACUGUCAAAUACCCUCGGUUUUACUCCUCUCCCAUGGAUCAGGAAACAGAUUCAACCCCUCUUCAAGUUUACGGCUUAGAGCAACGAGAACCUUCCAUCUACGGCAAACCUCCCAAACUAUUCCGUCGAGUAUCACACGUCCUAGGUGAUAUCCGUGAAGACUUGUCCAUGGACGCUCGCCAAACUACCGAAAAACUCAAGCGUCGCUCAACUAUGUUCUCUGAUGGGCCUAUUUUGAGUGCUCCCCCAUCACACUCAGUUCCAAUGACAUCUCAUGGACCCCCGCGGUCGCGGCCAAUGUCCACCAUCUCCUUCGACAACUGGUCUGUUCCAAAACGAGGAAUGAGCCAGCGAAUCUCCCGUCGGUUGUCAGUGUUCUCUUUGCGGGGCAAGCCCAAGGGAGCUAACAUUUCCUCGCCGAAUCUGAUCGGUUCAUCAACUCAAUACGAAAACAGAAGCCAAGCUUCGUUUAUUUAA